CCCUAAACCAAAACCCUGUUCUUCUUCUUCUUCUUCUUUUUUUCGAGGCGGUUUCUUCUCGCUUCGUGUUGGAUCGCUCGAAGCGUCGCCGCUCGAUCGCACCCCCCUUUUCACAAGGAGAUCAUCGUCCAUGGCGCCCGUCGCCCCCGCAGCGGAACAAGCUUCAAAUUUAUUACAGAAACUGUCUUUGGAUCCUCAGCAGAAGUUUAAAGGUGCUGUUGAGGCUACCAAACAGGUUUCUUCAGUCCAAAAUGGUUCAAGUAAUACUGAUGCCUCGAACAUGCCGAUUACUUCAGAACAUUCAUUGACACCUGUUCUCUCUGAAUUCGUGGAUUCUGGUAACUACUAUGUGCCUGCUGGUUAUGUACAUCCUGCUUAUUUCUAUGGAGGCUAUGAUCAUGCUAUCAAUGACUGGAAAGAUUACCCCAGAUAUGUAUAUCAAGAUGUUGGGCAGGGAUUAUAUGGUGACUUGCAUCGAGGAUAUGGAUAUGCUCGUUACAAUGCUUAUCCUUCUAAUGGGUCAGCAGCUCUAACAACGGGGCAUGAUGGCCAACUUUAUGGCAAGCGACGGCAUCAAUAUCAAGUUCCCAUUUUUGAGUCACACACUCCAACUAGUUCAACUGACCAAGGAGAAGCUUCUACUGCUUGUUCUGCUGAUCAGACCUCAAUCUCUUUGGAUGCACCUAAGAACCCCAGUGGAGUUACAAAUGGAAAUACUAAUAAUGGGAGGUCAAGCCACCAAAAUUUGUCAAAUGCUUCACGAUGUAAUGGGGGUUAUCAGGACCUUUGUUAUAGGUUUGAUGGAAUGUGGUCGUCUGUAGCAUGGUAUGCCAAUGGGCAUCCCAGGCCAGCUACAGCCAGACCUCUCCCAACUAGUACAGGGCACAAUACUAAUAACUGGUCUGCAAGAAAUCAGUACCAACAACCUAUUGCCCGCGGCAUGGAAAUGAAUGCCCAUAGAUCAGCAUCUGGAAUAUUUCCAAGUGCACCUCUUGUUAGCAGAAUGUAUCAAACAAAUCGUAUAUAUGGAUCGAGGAACAAAUUUGGAUACGGACAAGGGCGUAUACUGAUGGACAAGAAGCAUGAUGCUAGGAACCAAAGAAAUGUCUUCAGUGAUGCAAGCCAACGGGGAUUCAAUGAGCUAAACAGAGGUCCAAGAGCCAGCCACUACAAUAAUCAAAAGCCUGGUCAGUCUACUAUGGUUAAGUUUGGGAAGAGUCAAACUAGAGUGCCUCUGGACACAGAACAGUACAAUCGACAAGACUUUUCUGAUAAAUAUUCCAGUGCAAAAUUCUUUAUCAUAAAAUCAUACAGCGAGGAUGAUGUUCACAAAAGUAUCAAAUACAACGUGUGGGCCAGCACCCUCAAUGGAAAUAAGAAGUUGAAUGCGGGAUAUCAGCAAGCUCAGGAAGGAGCUGGCGAUUGUCCUGUCUUUUUAUUUUUUUCCGUAAAUGCGAGCGGGCAAUUUGUUGGUGUUGCAGAGAUGGUUGGCCCCGUCAAUUUUAACAAGACUGUUGACUAUUGGCAACAUGAUAAAUGGAUCGGGUGCUUCCCUCUCAAAUGGCAUAUUAUUAAGGAUGUUCCAAAUAGCAUUAUGAAGCAUAUCACUCUUGAGAACAAUGAGAACAAACCAGUUACCAACAGUCGAGACACUCAGGAGGUGAAGCUAGAACAGGGUCUCCAGAUGCUCAAGAUCUUCAAGGAACACACAAACAACACAUGUAUUCUUGAUGAUUUUGAGUUUUAUGAAGAUUGUCAGAAUUCUUUGCUAGAUAAAAGGGCAAACCAACACUUUCAGAAGCAGGUCUGGGAUGUGAAGACUAGCCAUCCACCCUCGAAGGGUGCAAGAGAAGUUGACAAUGUGCUGGGAUUGUAAACAAAUUCUGUUCUG